AUGGCUUUUUGGGGCGUCGAGGUAAAACCUGGGAAGCCAAUCACUCACUAUUGCGAAAAGGCUAGAGGAAGGCUUCGAAUUUCUCAGGCAACUCUUGGAAAUAGAUAUGCUACAAUGAGGUCAACAGUGCAGUGUAAUGUAGGUAGAAGGAGUCCAGUCUUGCUCUAUGUGUUGAUGCCUGAAAAAACGGAGUCUUGCCAUUUAGAUUUGGAAUUUGAGGAGGCUGAUGAUGUGGUCUUUUUUGUUAUGGUCUUUUCUGUUAUCGGCCCACGAAGUCUGUUCCUCAGUGGUUAUUACGUCCAGAAAAUUCAGGGCAUACGUCCGCACGAUGAUUCGUAUCCUUAUUUUGUUUUUGAAUUCUUAGCUUCUUUUACUUCUUUGUUGGGGUGUGAGGUCGGUGAAAAGUCAAAAUUCAGAAAGGAAAAGAAAAAGGCACUCAAAAAAGAACAGGAAAAUAAAAAAGCAUUCAAAAAGGAAGAGAAAACCCACACCAUUCAAGCAGCCAAGGAUAGCAACACUGUUCUGGCAGAGGAAAAUGUGCACGAGGAUUUCAGUAGAAAUUCCAAUGAUGAUCUAACAAAGAAGAGAAAAAGUGAACUGCAGCUGGAAGGAAAAAGUGUAAAAGGAACUGACAAUCAAUGUGGUUUACAGCAGGCGGAAAACCAGACUCAAGAAUAA